AUGGACGCAAUCAGCUUGCUACCACCGGCCCAGACCACCAACACCACGGUGGUCACUACGACAAAAACUACCGCUACCGCGACAACGACCAUAACAACAGUCACUACAGUCACCACCACGACGCCUCAGGGCACAAGCGUCUUCACACCCUUUCGCUUCCUCGACUUGCCUGUCGAACUCCGAAUCAUGGUGUACGAAGAGCUGGUGGUUGUUGGCAAGGUCUUCUACACGCCCGACGACUACGCUAUCGAGAAUGAGAAGCGCUUUGAAGACUGGAAGUCUUAUCGAACCCCGGAAAUGGCCAUUCUGCGGACUUGCAAGCAAGUUCACGACGAAGCUGAAGAAGUCUAUCUGGGGAAGAACUUGUUCGUACUCCCGGACCAGUGUACGAAGAGGCAACCACUUGCAGGAUCGGGUCUAUGUUCCAAUGCUGCUCGCAAAGACGAGAACAUCAGCCAUAUACCGUUUCACGACCGGUGGCUGUUCUCCGAUGCAGCUUCUCGUCUGGUUAAGAAUAUCAGCGUAGCUAUUAGCAGACGUUCCGAUGAAACCUUGUGCCCAUACGCUUACGACCACUCGCUUUGGGAAGAGGAUGGCGAAUUCGACAGCAUGGUUUCCACCGCCCGUCUUAAUUGGGUACAUGAUUGCGCGACAGACAAUAUGGCAAACGACUUGGAUGACUAUAUCGAUGAUCUGUCCAAGUUCUUCAGAAACGGCGAGAAGCUUCCAUUGAUCCGCCUCAACUAUCUUGAGUUCGAUGUGACCAAUGCAUACUGCCCAAUAGGAUGUUGUCGAACGGCCUGGUUGAUCUGGGGGCCACUGCUGAAACUAUGGCCAGAAAAAACAACGUUUUUGGGAGUGAGAAACGCAGAGGGAAAAGUUACCAUUAUGGACUCUGUGAUGGACUUCUUUUACGAUGUGCCGCCGCAAGAGUUCCCCGAGAAGCUCAGGGUGAAGUUUGGAGCGAAUGAGGACGUUGAUGAGGAAGAUAUGAGGAAGGUGUUGGGCGUGGUCUUCAACCCAAAGAAGGCGUACUGGGAGCAGUGGAAGGUUGAGACCAAGUAA